AUGUCGCUAAGCUGUUUGUCGCUUCCGAUGCAGCUUCUCCGAGGGAGAGCCUUCCUUUGCUUUCAGACCCAUCCUUUUCAUGUUUCUUCCACGGUGAUGAGACGCAAGGAUCGUCGUUCUCACACUGAAGGUCUUCCGGAAGACGAAGGAGUUGCAGGCGAAAAAUCUGUAACGAUUGGGCAAGAUGUGAUUCCCCAGUUUCCAAAUUUGGAAACGUUUACCAGUACUUUCCAUGGAAUGCUUUAUACAGAUAUUCCUAUUUUGCACAUUAAGUGCAGCCAAAAUAAUACGAUAAUGAACGUUGAGGAUCCGCAUACGCGAAAAACAAUCACAAACCUGUCAGUGGGCGUGGAAGGAUUUAAGAACUGCAAAAAAGGGACGAAUGUGGCCGGUCAGGCUGUUGGAUUGAGUUUGGGGAGAAGGAUGAUAGCGCGGGGCAUGGACACGUUUCGGAUAAAGCUAAACGGAAUGGGACCAGGUCGAGCCUCAUCCGUUAAAGGUCUGGAGAUGGCCGGUAUUAAGAUUGUUUCCAUUACGGACUCUACACCAACCGCAGAUAAUGGCCACAGGCCUCGGAAAGCUAGAAGAGUUUGAAGUUGUUUCUCUUUAACCUCCGUUUUUUUGCGUGCCUGUAUAAUUCUCGAGAUUUCUGUAAAUUAAGAAUUUUUGUUUUUUUACAUAAAAGCGGUUUAAUUAAUUAUGUGUCGCAAAUUCACAAUACA